AGCGGCUCCUUCCCUUCCGACAGCAGCCUGAGAGCGAGCAGCAACCGCCGCUCGGAGAAAACAGCAAGAUACUCAUAAAAACCGAGCCUUUAAAAACGGCACACGAACGGGGGAGGCUUUGCGAGGAUUGUACCGCCGAGUUUGUUUUCUGUUUCGUCCCUUUGAUGGCAUAUUGAUUGUAUAAGCAAAGUAAAUAAGAUAAUCCGGUUUGUGUUGCUGGUGGAUAACAAGAGUCGGGCAGAAUGGAGCUGAUUACAAUCCUCGAGAAAACCGUCUCUCCGGAUCGCAAUGAACUGGAAGCAGCUCAGAAAUUUCUGGAACAGGCAGCUAUUGAGAACUUGCCCACCUUCCUUGUGGAACUCUCUAAAGUGCUUGCAAACCCAGGGAACAGCCAGGUUGCCCGCGUCGCCUCUGGCCUGCAGGUCAAGAACUCGCUGACUUCCAAGGACCCUGAUGUGAAAACGCAGUACCAGCAGAGAUGGCUCGCCAUCGACGCCAACGCUCGAAGAGAAGUCAAGAACUAUGUGCUGCAAACCUUGGGUACAGAAACAUACAGGCCCAGUUCAGCCUCUCAGUGUGUGGCUGGCAUUGCCUGUGCGGAGAUCCCAGUGAACCAGUGGCCUGAACUCAUUCCCCAGCUCGUAGCGAAUGUCACAGACCCCAACAGCACUGAACACAUGAAGGAGUCAACACUGGAAGCCAUUGGAUACAUCUGCCAGGACAUUGACCCAGAGCAGCUGCAGGACAAUGCGAAUCAGAUCCUAACAGCCAUCAUCCAGGGCAUGAGAAAAGAGGAGCCCAGCAACAAUGUCAAACUGGCAGCUACCAACGCCCUGCUCAAUUCCUUGGAGUUCACCAAAGCAAACUUCGACAAAGAGACCGAAAGACACUUUAUUAUGCAGGUAGUUUGUGAAGCAACGCAGUGUCCAGACACAAGAGUACGAGUAGCUGCCUUGCAGAACCUGGUGAAGAUUAUGUCCCUGUAUUAUCAAUACAUGGAGACAUACAUGGGUCCAGCUCUGUUUGCAAUUACAAUCGAAGCUAUGAAGAGUGACAUUGACGAGGUGGCCUUACAAGGAAUUGAGUUCUGGUCAAACGUGUGUGAUGAGGAGAUGGACUUGGCUAUUGAAGCAUCCGAGGCAGCUGAGCAAGGAAGACCUCCAGAGCACACCAGCAAAUUCUAUGCCAAAGGAGCGCUUCAGUACUUGGUGCCCAUUCUCACACAGACCCUGACUAAACAGGAUGAGAAUGAUGACGAUGAUGACUGGAACCCCUGCAAGGCGGCGGGUGUGUGCCUCAUGCUGCUGGCAACCUGCUGCGAGGAUGACGUUGUGCCCCAUGUGCUGCCCUUCAUUAAGGAGCACAUCAAGCACCCAGACUGGAGGUACCGGGACGCCUCCGUCAUGGCUUUCGGGUCCAUCCUUGAGGGGCCGGAGCUCAACCAGCUCAAACCGCUUGUCAUUCAGGCCAUGCCCACGCUGAUCGAGCUGAUGAAGGAUCAGAGUGUGGUGGUCCGGGACACCACUGCCUGGACGGUGGGGCGAAUCUGUGAGCUGCUCCCUGAAGCCGCCAUCAAUGAGGUCUACCUGGCUCCUCUGCUGCAGUGCCUGAUCGAUGGACUGGGCGCUGAGCCCAGGGUGGCCUCCAACGUGUGCUGGGCUUUCUCCAGCUUGGCGGAAGCUGCGUAUGAGGCUGCUGAUGUGGCUGAUGAUCAGGAGGAGCCAGCUACCUACUGCUUAUCCUCCUCUUUUGAGCUGAUUGUACAGAAACUCCUGGAGACCACGGACAGGCCUGAUGGACAUCAGAACAACUUGAGGAGUGCGGCGUAUGAAGCCCUGAUGGAGAUUGUGAAGAACAGUGCGAAGGACUGCUACCCAGCUGUACAGAAAACUACUCUGGUCAUCAUGGAGAGACUUCAGCGAGUGCUGCAGAUGGAGUCUCACAUUCAAAGCACAUCGGACCGAAUCCAGUUCAACGACUUGCAGUCUUUGCUGUGCGCAACACUCCAGAACGUGCUGCGCAAGGUGCAGCACCAGGACGCCCUGCAGAUCUCGGACGUGGUGAUGGCGUCUCUGCUGAGAAUGUUCCAGAGCACCGCAGGGUCCGGGGGAGUGCAGGAGGACGCGCUUAUGGCGGUCAGCACUCUGGUCGAAGUCUUGGGUAGUGAUUUCUUGAAAUACAUGGAAGCCUUUAAACCUUUCCUAGGUAUUGGGCUGAAAAAUUAUGCAGAAUAUCAGGUUUGCUUGGCUGCAGUGGGGCUAGUCUGUGAUCUGUGCAGAGCUCUAAUGACAAAUAUUCUGCCACACUGUGAUGAGAUCAUGCAACUACUGCUGGAAAACCUGGGGAAUGAGAACGUGCAUAGGUCUGUGAAGCCCCAGAUUCUCUGUGCGUUUGGUGACAUUGCCCUGGCCAUCGGUGGAGAGUUCAAGAAGUAUCUUGAGAUUGUGCUGGACACUCUCCAGCAGGCCUCCCAAGCGCAGGUUGACAAGACGGACUAUGAUAUGGUGGAUUAUCUGAAUGAACUGCGGGAGGGGUGUCUGGAGGCGUACACAGGCAUCAUUCAAGGGCUGAAAGGCGACCAGGAAAAUGUGCAUCCGGAUGUGAUGUUGGUGCAGCCUCGUGUAGAAUUCAUUCUUUCCUUCAUUCACCACGUUGCUGAAGAUGAGGAUCACUCCGAUGGAGUAGUAGCUAAUGCUGCUGGCCUUAUAGGUGAUCUGUGCACAGUGUUUGGUAAAGAUGUCAUGAAGUUAGUGGAGGUGAGGCCUAUGAUUAAUGAACUGCUAACUGAGGGCAGGAGAUCGAAGACGAGCAAAACUAAAACUCUCGCUACAUGGGCUACCAAGGAGCUGCGGAAACUAAAGAAUCAGGCUUGAUUUCUUACCAUUGGGAAAACGUCUUGAGAGAACCCCACUGGAAUUAUCCGAUCUUUUGAGAGAACAAAAAUUGAACCAGAAGUGAGGAGUGUGCACGGAUGAUGAGUGUUUGGGAAUGUGAGAGAAUGAGUGAGUGAGGCUUAGAAUCACACCACCUUCUGAAUACUAUUCCAGCAGCAGCAGCAGCCGUCAUAGCCUCAGCAGCGUGUCCACUCGCUGAAGUGCUGAAUUCAAUUGAAAAACUAACUGUGGACAGCUGUAACCGGCAACAGUUCAAGAAUGAAAAAGGAACAUUUUCAAAACAAAGGUUCACCAAAACUAUAAAUUAACAGCCAAACUUGAGGAUAUUUUUUUUCCCAAAAAAAAAGAAAAACCGCACAGGACUCUUGUUUGAAGAAUGAAAAUCCUGGAUUUAAAUAUAAAAACUUCAAUAAAUAAAAACAGAAGAUUUUCUAAAGGGGACUUGCUGCUGGAGUUGAAGAAAGCUUAAACGGGAAACAAUUGGAUUCCCUAGCCCAGUUCUUGUAACCUUUCUUUAAACCAUUGUGCUGCUUAUGCAUGGGGUGUCUUGCAAGCUGGUUUGAGGGUGAAUUCCAGUUGAGAGUGCGUGUGUGUGAGUGAGGAGGGUCUACUUUCUUCACGUCAAUUAUAAAACGAUAAAUAAAUAUAGAAGCAACUCAUCAAAUAAGUUAGUGAACGCAUUUCAGAAACUAUUUUAAGAGCCCGGUCAACUAAUGGCAGCACAAGAGAAUUUGAAAAUUUAAGUUGCUUUUCUUCUGUAGGAGAAUCACUGACGAAUGUUCAGAGCUUCCAUUUUAAGGGUUAAAAGCUGUUUGGUUUUUUGGGACAAGGUUAAAUAAUCGGAAAGGAGAACUAUUCUUCCCCUGUCGAAUGUCAAACCGAAUUCAAUUUUUAUUUUCUAAUGAUGCACAGGGAUUUAAAAAAAAAAAAAAAAAAAAAAAAAAAGGUAAUAAAAGCUGAAAUAUACAAAAUGCCGUUCAUUUAACAGAUAGCACUUUGGAAAUGGUCCCACUUGUAAUACAUCAAUCCAAAUGAAAGUAGUGUGCCAAAGAAUUUACUAAACCAUACAAAAAUCAGGUAAUAUUUUGGACUGUGGUGUACAAAAAUAAACAAAAAAAGCAGUUAAAUAGAUCUGAAAAAGAAGCUUAUCCUUUUGGGACAUAUCGGUGGUCUUUCUGUGCUUUGUAUUAAAAUUGAUAAAUUUGUGAUAUUGGUCUCUUAUUGCACUUAAAAAAAAAAAAAAAAAAAAAAAAAAAAAAGUGAAAUAAAAAAUAAAUCUUCCUGGCUUGUAAAAGAAGCAAUGAGGCACUUGUAAGAGGUUCUAUUUUUCCACAGCCAUGAACCAAUAAAAUGGUAUCUAACAUUCCCCAGCCUUUUUUUUGUUUUUGUUUUUUUGUACUUUAACAAAAAACAUCUUUUUAAAACACAAUUCUAUUCCAGUUUAUUUUGAUUAUUAUGUUUUUGUGGUGGGAGGCCAGGCAAUACAGGAGCAGAUAAUCAACUUGCCUUUUUAGAAAGACACGCCUGACAACUUAGUCUGGUAACUUCAGUUUAGUUCCCUGUGUUACUUUGUUUUGCUUUUUUUGUUUAACAAGAGGGGGAGGAAUUGUUUAAUGUGUUCUCUUCCGUUCUAGCCACACUAUUCUUAAGGCGGAAUCACCCAGCACCCUAUAAUUCGGGAGAUAUAAAAUAUAAAUGUAAUUUUUAAAGAUUGUAUUGAAUGUCUCGCUAAUUAAUGCAUUGAAGGAAUGGCAAACUGCAUUGGUAGCUGGGGGGAGUUUAAUUAGUCAAACCUUUUGGCAAAGAAUACAUUCCGGCCUCUUCCUGACUGUUACACAAUGGUGAUUGCUAUGUUAAAAUACUCACCAUAGAAUGUACAGCAUCAGAUCCUAAUGAACAAAUCUAAAAUAGUCUAUACAAGCCAGGUGGCUUGUAUACCCCAAAUAACCCCCAUUUCUAAGUAAAGGGUUAAUCCCUUUUAAUUGUUGGUAUUGUAAUGAUCAGAGGGCGUCCUGGUUUAGAAUGGGCUGUGAUUGGAGCUUUUUCUAUUCUAAAUAAUUAAUAUUUUCUCAUGAUUUUGCUGGAGUGUAGUGCACAGCUCUCUUGCAUGCAUUUCCUCCAAGCCCUUUGUGAAUGCCCCUCUUCCAACACUAAGAUGUUAAUUUCUUGAUCAGAGAACUGGCAGGUUUUAAGUUUCUUCAAAAUGCAAAAAGAUCCCUUCUGAAACAGAGGCAACUAAAAUUAUAGAAGGUCUGUUUUAGGAUCUUAAGGGCAUACAUUGCCUGUGUUUUCUUUUUUUUAGUUUUUAUAUGGUCUCGUUGAACCUUAUUGGGUGCUGCAGGUUGCUUCUCUUAAACGAGUGCGUGUUUGCAGAGAGGAAGAGUUUAAAAGCUCUCCUGUACCAGCGGAGAUAGGCAGUUAAUUCCUGGACUCGUCCUGUCUGCCCAUUGUGGCUCGAUUCGUACAGCUCUUUGUACAGGGUAGUGUGCCUUUUGAGUUCAGGCUACAGUGCGUGUGGAGAUUUAGUUACCACUUUUGCAGGGAGGGAAAUACUUGGCGGUGUGUAUUUGAGCGCUGGCAAGAUAGGGGUGUUCAGCGCCAAAAUUGGAUUAAUUGCUCUAGGUAUGUUAAAAAAAAAAAACAAAACAAAACAAAAAAAAAAAACUUUUGUUUUUGUAUUGCUAUUAUUGCUUUCUAGUUUAUUUUGUACUUUUUAUUGGAAAGUUGAGGGGGGGUGGGGGGAGAUCCUGUUCUGCAAAUAGGGUGAAUUCUGACCAUUCCUCAGUGCUACCUGUUUUUGUCUGUCCUGUAUGGGAUUUUGGCUUCAGAGAGACCCAGGAGAAUAAAGAACACUGAGAUACUAA